CUACGAACUCGGGAGUAAAGCUACGCACACAUACGUUGACGAUGAUGGCAGAUGACAGCUUGCGCAAGCGUGAGCUUAAGAGAUCAUCCGCCCGCUCGCCAUAUAUAUACCAUCUCAGGACAUUUCAUUCCCAUGCCCCAUUCCUGCUGAUAUUCAGCCUUACUGAUACAUAAAAUCUAUCUGCUGCAGCGAGACUUCAUUCCGACGCAUUCUAACUAAGAGACACUAGACGCUCAUUCACAAUGUUUCCCCGCACGAAGACGCUGUUUACCGGCAUGGGGGCCAAAAUCCCCUCUCGUACCCAGCGCAUUACCUUGCUCGAGCGAUCAACAGCGCGAGGAGCCUUGCUUCGGGGUAGUCGCUCAAUGAGUAUUCUGAGUAACGACAAGGCAAUUCAAAAUGGCGACGAUUUCCAUGCUCUUAUGAUUGGCGGAGGCUUUGCCAUGUUCGGUACUCCUGAAGGCCCUUGGAAUAUUUCAAGUAGACUUGAAAAGCGACUAGGACCACGAUUAAAAGUUGAUGCUGUUAUUGAAAUCAAUGGGCCUCGCGCAGAGACUGCCUUAACAGAGAAGCGAAAGUCUUUCGUGCACGAAGCCUAUGCCGACACCAUGGUAUUACCUGAUGUAGAGGAGUUCAAGAGAAGGGUGUCUACUGGAGAAGCUCAGGAGCCAAGGGCUAUAUUUGUCGCCACGCCGCCGCUUUUCAGAGGUGGAUUGGGACCCCAAAAUAACCUUGAAAUCAAAUUGAAUGAGCUCUUUCCAAACGCUGCCAUAUUCUUGGAGAAACCUGUGGCGACAGGUGUCCCGGCUGAGCAGAGUGUUGGGGAAGCAAAGGCCGUCGGUGCUAUGUUUGCUACGCAACACAACGCACCUGUGGCAGUCGGAUACGUCUUGCGAUAUUUGAAUGCUGUCCGCGAGAUGAAAAAAAUCAUUGACGAUAACAAUCUUACAGUCAUGGCUACAAAUGCUCGUUACGUCACUGCCUAUGAGUUAGCUAUCAAGACAGAUUGGUGGAAUAAAUCCAUCAUGCAAGGACCCAUUAUUGAACAAGGUACUCAUAUAUGUGAUCUGUCAAGAUAUUUUGGGGGAGAUGUGAACAUAGAAACAAUCUGCGCACACGCCCUUGAAGCCCACGAGAAGCCAGGACGACUUAGCAAACUAAAUUUUGACGAAUCUGUCAUACCAGAUAACCUUCGUAUCCCCCGUGCUACUUCAGCCAGCUGGAAGUACGAGUCGGGCGCAGUGGGCACCAUGCUUCAUGCGACAGCCUUGCACGGAAAAGACUAUGCUAUUGAGCUUGAGGUAUAUGCAGACGGAUUUCAAUUGAUUCUUUCUGACCCCUUUGGCACCCCCGCUUUGCACGUCCGUAAGCCAGGCUCAGACGUCGUCGAAGUUUAUCCCACCCCGGGGGAUGACCCUUUCCAGAGCGAGAUAGACGCUUUCAUCGAUGUCGUAGAAGGAAAGCCCAACGCUAAAAUCUUGUCUGGUUAUGAGGAUGCGGCUAAAACCUAUGAGAUGACUUGGGCCAUUAGGAACUCUGCCGAGGAGUGGACAAGGAGGUUGAGUCAGAGACAAGGGCGGACGUGAAGAGGUUCGGUAGAGAGUUUGUUUCAUAUCUGAACGAUGAGACAGAUGAAUAGGCAGCAUUGUAGGAACUUAAUCAUGGCUGAAUCAAAGCCCUCGGAGGGAUUCUGCUGCAUCAUGGGAUGGCAAAUGACAGACUGUCAAAAGGUUUACCUGUCUACAUUCAUUUACAUACUUAGGUAUGACCAGCCUACAGAAGUCUCAGCAUCUUUUCGGAAGAGAAGAACUAAACAAAGCAUGCAGCUCACAAUGGGUUGAGGUACAUAGG